UAUUUUCCUGUAAUGUCUGUCUCUGUUGAAAUCGUUUGUUUUGUCGUAAUUCGCGCAACAGUUCGUGUGAAACACCACCGCUCAAUUCGUAUUGUUUGUUUCCUACAGCGUCUCCUAUAUCCGAGCUUAAAGUACCAGUGAAACGAGAAGAAUGGCGUAUUUUCUUCGAAAAGCAUUGGACACAUUUUGGUCACCUACAGUUUGGUUGCCCCCAAAUACUACGUGGGCUGAUAUCGCCCCCGAAUCCAGUACUGAAAUUCAACAUGCGGACCAUAGGCAUCUUUGGUACCCCAUACCUUUAGCUUUUGUUAUGUUGUUAUUAAGAUAUUUAUUAGAAAAAUAUUGGUUUGCUCCUGUAGGAUUAAGUAUAGGAAUUAAGAACAGUCGACCAAAGAAAGCGCCACCAAAUCCAGUAUUAGAGAAAGCAUAUUCUCAGUCAAAGAAGUGGAAACAUAAACAAAUUCAAGGUUUAGCAAAACAAUUGGAUAUGACUGAACGUCAGGUUGAAAGAUGGCUGAGAUUGAGGAAAGGUCAAAAUAAACCAUCGACUUUAACAAAGUUUUGCGAAAAUUCUUGGAGAUGUCUCUACUAUACAUUUAGUUUUAUUUUUGGUAUUACAAUACUGUGGAGUAAAUCAUGGCUGUGGGAUAUAAAUGAAUGUUGGAAGGACUUUCCACACCAGAGUCUUCCAAAUGACAUUUGGUGGUACUAUAUCAUCAGCAUGUCAUUUUAUUGGUCUUUAUGCGUUUCUCAGUUUUUUGACGUUAAACGGAAAGAUUUUUGGCAGAUGUUUAUUCACCACAUAGCUACAAUAGUCCUGAUGGUUUUGUCUUGGAUAGUUAAUGUUUUUAGAAUAGGUAGCUUAGUACUGGUACUUCAUGAUUGCGCCGACAUAUUUUUAGAGGGCGCAAAAAUGGCGAAGUAUUCAGGCUACCAGAAAGUAUGUGAUGUGAUAUUUGCUAUAUUUACUGUACUAUGGAUUAUAACGAGGGUAGGAAUUUUUCCUUUUUGGAUAAUAUACAACACAUCAAUCAAAGCCCCACAAAUGGUUCCAAUGUUUCCUGCUUACUACAUUUUUAACAGUUUAUUAUGCAUUUUAUUGGUCUUGCACAUCUUCUGGACGUACUUGAUACUCAAAAUAGUGUAUAAUUCACUCAAUGCCGGACAAAUGGAAGGAGAUAUUCGUUCUAGUAGUGAGGACUACAGCGUGGACUCGAAUAAUUCGAACUCUGUUCAAAAUCAUACAAAAUCCGAGUGAAUCAGUGAAUUCAUCGUUGGGAUCAUAAAAUCAAUAUAGUCCUUCGUUUUAAUAUGAAUCGAUUUUUGUCACAGAAAAAAGUCCAUUUUUUACCUAAAUUUUCUUGUGGAUAAAUAUUGUUAAGAUUUUUUUAUAUGCACGUUUGUGAUGUGUGGCCAAAAAUAUGCUAUUGAAGGUAUAGCUAAUAUUUUAGAGUAAUAAAUAGAAAGUUAAUUGAAUUUAUGUUAAAUAUAUAUUUAUUAUAUAUGAAUGCCUACACAUUUUUUUCUUUAUGAUUGACUUUAAAAUUGAAAUGUACAUUGUAAUCUUAACCAAAUAUAAAUCAAGAUACUACGAAACGGCAGUCCUAUUUUGAGCACACGUCUGCUGGCCAUGUUUAUUUUCAUCAAAUUCUGAAGGAAAACUUUAUAGAGUUGUGUUAAAACAAAAAAAAACACAUUUCCAACAUCUAUUUUAAAGCUGCUUUAACUAAACCAUUUUAAAACUUUUUAAUUUUUGUAUAAUCUAAAUGUAAAAAUAACGCGAAAUAGGAAUACAGUUUAUAUGAUUACUCACUUUGAUAUUUAAUGAUUCUAUUUUGAAGUUUCUGUGAAAUAAAAUUUACAAUAGACAUAUAUAAAGUG